AAAAUGUCUGGAAGGUAUUUUUAUUUAAUAUUGUUUUCCUCCAAGUUUUCAUACGUUAUCUGAAAGCUUUUAUAGGUUAUUUAUUAACAUCGUAAUUAAAAAUGGACUAGGCCUAUAUAUAGAAUGACUGCAGCCUGAUAAUGACUUAUUUUGUUUACCAAUAAGAAAAGUAGAACGUGGAAGUAAAGACUCAAAGUUCAUUUUCGAUGGGACUUUGAUUCUUUCUGUAGAUAAAGAGUUAAUCGUAUAUAAAUAUAUCUAAAUUCAGUUUUAGAUUUAAUACUCUCUGUAAGAGCUCUCCGUCCAAAUUUCAAAAUGUAUAGCUGCGAUAAGUUCGAAAAAUCCGUUGAUAAACCUUCAAAUACCUACUAUAUAUUAAAGAUAAAGCCUCAACGUACCAUGAGUUCACCAGAUUACUAUGGUUCAAAACUUGAUUCUUCUGAUUAUAAACAUAUUUCAGAAGAGGCAAUUGCUACUGGAAACAAACUUAACCUUGCAAAAUACACGUAUAAAGAUAGCACAGGACUUGAAAGAACUUGUGAAGUUGUGAGUCGACAAACAAAACAGUGCCAUGAAGAUUCUGAUUGUGUUGGAACUUUGGCUGUCUUAAGAAGAAUGUUGAAAUAUGACUGUUUAGUUUUAGUCAAACAAUAUCGACCAGCCCUGAAAGCAUUCACUUUGGAAUUCCCUGCAGGUUUAGUUCAAUCUUCCGAAUCUGCUGAAGAAACAGCUGUAAGAGAAUUGAAAGAAGAAACAGGCUAUACAUUUACUUCAAUUAAACAUGAGAGUCCAGCAACUGCCUUAGAUCCUGGAUUAUCUAAUUGUACUAUGAAAGUUGUAAGUGUGGAGAUUGAUGGAGAUAAUCCUUUAAAUAAAAUUCCCAUACAAAAGCCUGCAGAUGAAGACCACAUUGAGGUUGUUCACAUUCCAAUCGACGAUCUUCUUCAGAGAUUGAAUGAAUAUAGCGAACAGGGUAUUAUUAUUGACUCUAGAGUAUAUUGUUUUGCCAUCGGUCAUGCCGUGGGGUCCAAACACAGUUUAAAUUGCAAUCGAAUGACCAUAGAUGCUCAAUAAACU